CCGUGAUCCGCACAGCGCGCUCGCGGCCUUCCGCGGUGGUAACUUCUGUCCCCUCUUCCUUGCGCUGUUGCAGCCCAUGGGAUCGGAGCGGCUGGAGAUGCGGAAGCGGCAGAUGCCCGGCGCCCCGGAGACUGCCGGCUCGAUGCCAGCCCAGCCCGGCCCCGGAACCCGCGGCUCCAACGCCUGCUGCUUCUGCUGGUGCUGCUGCUGCAGCUGCUCCUGUCUUACCGUUAGAAACCAAGAAGAACAGAGACCCAGGAGGGCCUCCCAGGAACUCAGACAAGAAGACCUUCCUACCUCUGAGGAAAGCCCGAGUCCCACUCUGGAAGAAGUCAACGCGUGGGCGCAGUCAUUCGACAAGGUGAUGCUCACGCCGGCCGGCAGGAAUGCUUUCCGGGAGUUCCUCCGGACAGAGUUCAGUGAGGAGAACAUGCUCUUCUGGAUGGCGUGUGAGGAGCUGAAGAAAGAAGCCAAUAAAAGCAUUAUUGAAGAGAAAGCAAGGAUAAUCUAUGAAGACUACAUUUCUAUUCUUUCUCCUAAAGAGGUCAGCUUGGACUCCCGAGUGAGAGAGGUCAUCAACAGGAACAUGGUGGAGCCAACCCAACACAUAUUUGAUGAUGCACAACUUCAGAUCUACACCUUGAUGCACAGAGACUCGUACCCCCGGUUCAUGAACUCUGCCCUCUAUAAAGAUCUGCUUCAGUCCUUGUCUGAGAAAUCAGUUGAAGCAUAGGAUGUUCUCAAAUAUAUUUAUUACCAAUAAAAUAAGAACUCAUGGACUAUGUCUAGUACAGGGAACUUAGAGAUCGCAGCAUCUCCUGCCAGAGUCAUACUCCGGCUGUUUUAAUAACAGAUGCUGCCUUCUACGGAAGGCUGUACAUUCACAAUGUAAAUUGCAGCCACGGUUAGUGAUUCUUCUAGAAAACAAUGGUCCGGCUGUCUUAGAAAAAGAUAGUAUGUUUACAUUUACGGUAACUGUAGCAUGUCCCAAAUGGCAAAGAACACACUAGAAAAGUAUCCUGUCUGAGUCCACUGGAACAGGACUGCUUUUGUUUUGCAUGAGUUCAGGAUCUGAUGAAUCUCCUCCCAAAGAAAAGGCAUUCAAGUGUUUCUUAGCUACUCCUUCCUUCCGUCAAGCUGUUCUGACUAUUUUGCUUAUCAGUGCCAUUACUGGACCCAAAUUCCUGUUUUAUAAAGACGCGUCACCACUACUUAUAAAACGGUAUUCCACGCUCAGAAUACAUGUAUGCAGGCACAUUUGGUGCAAAUAUAGUGGUUAAUGCAAAGUACUGCGCUCCUGCGCGAUCGGUCCCCCAUGUGGUAAGAGUAGUGUUUAGACAAUUCUUUUGUUGCAAAGUCACCAUUGUUUUAUUAUCGGAAUCUGCCAACCUAAAUAAUGAAUUUUUAAUCCACAGCUUAGUCGUGUUUGUAACAAAACUUUCAAAUAAGCAUAUUUCCAUUUUUAUUAUUCAAAGAAAUAUGGGCAUUUUCACUCUAAAAAAAAUAAAGCACAAGAGUUCUA